GGUUUUGGACUGCGAUAUCGCUUGUCACGUUUUUGCAAGUUGUUGACGACGAAUGCCGUUUAUUCAAGACACUGGUGCAUCGUCUCGGUUUAAACGCACGACUAGCGAGACACCGAUGAGGGUCGCUUUUCUGGGCCCAAGGGGUACUUAUUCUCAUCAGAUUGCAUUCAACCACUUCGGCCAUGAUGUUGAAUAUGUUCAGAAGGAAACUAUAUCAGAUGCAUUCCAUGCAGUUCCUUCAGAGGCUUCAAUUGCCGUAAUUCCUGCUGAAAAUUCUAUAUUCGGAGCCGUUAUUGAAUCACUCGAUCUUCUUCGACUACCAGAAGUAGGAAAAACCAAGUUCAUUCGGGGAGAAGUAACUCUACAAGUUCAACACUGCCUUCUGGUUGCUCAAGGAACGAAGCUAGGCGAUGUCAAACAGGUUCUCAGUCAUGAACAAGCAUUAGGCCAAUGCAACUCAUAUCUAAAGGAGCAUUUGCCGGAAGCUGUGGUAACGAAAACGCCGUCGACAGCAGCAGCGGCAGAGGCGAUUCUUACGGAACCCUUGAGACAGGUUGCCGCUGCGAUAUGCUCGGAAGUGUGCACGGUUGUGUACCCGGGCCUCGAGCUAUUAGAGAAAGGAAUCCAGAGUGAAAAGAAUAAUUUCACGAAAUUCUGGAUAACAGCCGACUCCUCGUCUCUGGUUCCAGAUGUAGAGUCCGAAGAAUCCCGCGCUCUCUUACGAAUAUCCUCAGAUUCUGAGAAGGCUAUAGGUCUCGCGCCUGUGAUAACAGAACUUAACUUGGUCGUUCGACAUAUAAACAGAAGGCCUUCUAUUCAGUGCACCCCGUUCCAUGACGUUUAUAUUUUGGAGGUGUCAAAAUUGCCACACACGUCAACACGAACCAAUUCCGGCGAACAGAUACAUUCAUGGGUAGACGAGGUGGAAGCUGCAUUGGGGCGCGUUCGUGAUUUGGGUUGGGAGGGUGGUUGUUUGGGGACUUGGUAG